AUGUCAGGUCCAGAAGAGGCUCCAUAUCCAAAGAGACAGAAGAGGAAUUCGGAUGGUGAUCAUUCAGUUGAACAAGAUGUGGACCAAGAACCCGUCGUUGCACAAUCAAAACCAUCAGCUACAACAAUAAAGAAAGCUAAUGAAAUAUUUGAUAUAAUGAGAACAAAGAGACUAUCUAUGGCUGAUUUUGUUGCGUCGUUACCAUAUGUUAGUGGGAACAAGAGAAGGCAAGAAGUUAUUGUGCAAAGUUUAUUCCAAAAUGAAGAAGUAUUAAUGGAAUUGUUGUUUCGAAAUAAUUUUGAUGUUGAUUUCAACCCUUUAUGUAAAGUAAUUGGUGUUAAAAUCUUGAAAGAAUUGGGGAAUAUUCAACAGAGUAAUAAAUUAUUUGGUAAAUUUCAGGUUGGUGACGUCGAAAAUAAAGAUCAAUUGAAAUCAAAGAUUCUUCAAAGUCUAGAGAUUGAUAAUAAUUCAGUGGAAACUCUGUACAAACAAGCACCAAUACUGACAAAUUUGUUUAAAGAACUUUUACCAUCUCGUCCAGAAGGUGAAACCAAUUCAACUACCUCUGUUUCAAAUAUUGAUAAUCGCUUGAUCCUCAUUCUGUCAGUUAUCUGUUAUUCAAGAAAUAAAAAAAGAUGUACCAAUUUACCAGUACUUUUUGGAUUAUACUUGAAUUCUUUGGGGCUAACAACUAAAAGAGGACUCCAAGUAUUUAACAAAUUUGGAAUUUCCGUCAAUCAAAAAUCUAUUAUUGAUAUCCUUGAUGAAUUGAGUCGUCUUGAGACUGCUCGCAAAGAUCAAGGGUCUAAAGAUCAAACAGUAAACUCUCAAGUACCCAAUCCUGAAAACAAUAGCAAUACAACAAGGCCUCCACUCAAUGGACCACUUGUCCUGCCAUUCACACAAAAUAUUAUUAGUUCCACAACUGAUGCAUACAAACCAACAUCUUCGGAAGUUUUGAAAAUUUCAGAUGCCAAAUUCGACCAACUAUUUGAUCAGUACACAAAUAAUACAACCACUGAUAAUAUCGAUCAUAUUGAUCCAAAAAUAUCAAAUGAAAUGCAGCAAUCGAAAUCUCCUUAG